CUUGUCUUUUGCUAAUACAAAAAAAAAAAAAAGGAGAAGCAAAUCAAAGUGGAAGUGGAAGUGAUCUGACUCUGUGAAUCGGCCAUGGCGGAAGUGAGGAACAAGCAGGUACUGCUCAACGAUUAUGUGAGAGGUUUUCCCAAGGAAUCAGACAUGGCGAUCACGUCUUCCACCCUGAAACUGAAGCUACCCGAAGGCUCCAAAGGGGUUGUGCUUAAGAAUCUCUACUUGUCCUGCGACCCCUACAUGCGCGGCCGAAUGACCAACCACGAACGUGAAUCUUAUGUUGAUUCCUUCAAACCCGGUUCCCCUAUCACUGGCUAUGGUGUGUGUAAAGUGUUGGAAUCUGGAGAUCCUAACUUGAAGGAAGGUGACUUGGUUUGGGGAAUGACCGGUUGGGAAGAGUACACCGUCCUCAACACAACCCAAGGCCUUUUUAAAAUUCAACAUACUACUGAUAUUCCUCUCUCUUACUAUACUGGAAUUCUUGGUAUGCCUGGCAUGACUGCCUACGUUGGUCUGUACGAACUUUGUUCUCCUAAGAAAGGAGAGUAUGUGUAUGUGUCGGCUGCAUCUGGUGCAGUGGGUCAGCUUGUUGGCCAGUUUGCAAAGUUGUUGGGUUGCUAUGUUGUUGGGAGUGCAGGAACCAAAGAAAAGGUGGAUUUGCUUAAGAACAAGUUUGGAUUUGAUGAAGCUUUCAACUAUAAAGAAGAGGCCGAUUGGGAUGCAGCUCUCAAAAGGUAUUUCCCUCAAGGCAUAGACAUUUACUUUGAGAACGUUGGGGGAAAGAUGCUGGAUGCAGUGCUGCUGAACCUGAGAGUCCAUGCUCGAAUAGCUGCGUGCGGAAUGAUCUCGCAGUACAACCUUGAGCAUCCAGAGGGGGUACAUAACUUGACACAGCUGAUUUCAAAACGAGCUAAUAUUGUAGGGUUCGUGGUGGGUGAGUACUACCACCUCUACCAGACGUUUCUUGAUUUGGUUGUUCCUGGCAUCAAAGAAGGCAAGAUAGUGUACGUGGAAGACGUAGCUGAAGGCCUUGAUAGCGCCCCUCGAGCUCUGGUGGGACUCUUCUCCGGUCGCAAUGUGGGAAAACAAGUUGUCCUCGUUUCUCAUGAUUAAUUGAUUACUUAAAACAAGACGUAUUACAAUUUCUCUUCUUUACUUUGGUUGGUUAAAGUCGAAUACCAUUAAAUAUUAUUAGUUUUAUUUUCUUCCUUUCACCACUUAUGACAGUUUGCAGUCUAGUAAUGAGAGUGUUUCAGAUAUUAUGAAAUUAGUCUCCUUACUUCCAUUCUAACAUUUCGAUAAUAAUAAGGGAAAUUUGCGGCAAAA